AUGUCUCAAGCGCGUCCACUCAACGAUGAAGAAGUUGAGUUCAUUAAACAAGAAGCCAGAGAAAAGGCUCGUGAAAUACAAGUGAAGGCUGAUGAAGAAUUUAACAUCGAGAAGGCUAAACUUGUACGUCAAGAAUCAAUUAAUAUCGAAGCCGUUUUUCAACGUAAAAUCAAACAAGCCGAAGUGCAAAAGAAAAUUGUGCAGUCAAAUUUCAUUAACAAAUCGCGUCUCAAGGUACUUCAGGCACGUCAACAACAAUUGGAAGAGAUUUUUGCAGAAUCUCGAAAUAAGCUUCACGAUAUUUCGAAAGAUAAAGCCAGUUACAAAGAUUUGUUGAAAAAUUUGAUAUUAGAGGGUCUCUUUCAACUAAUGGAUGAAAAUGUCGAUAUAAUUGCAAGGAAAGCGGACGUUGAUCUAAUAAAUGCGGCCAUAAAAGACGCAAGCAAGGAUUACACUGAACAAUCGAAAUUACCAACCAAUAUUCGAAUUGAUUCUAAAGAACAUUUGCCAGAAUCAAGUGCUGGGGGUAUCAUCCUGACUGCUUAUCACGGUCGUAUAAGAGUAAAUAAUACACUGGAGGAAAGAUUGUCUUUGGUUCAGGAAGAGUUGCUUCCCGAAAUUCGCAUAUUGCUUUUUGGAGAUUCUCCAAACAGGAAAUUCUUUAAUUAA